AUGCCUCCAAGAAAGAAGGCCAAGCAUUCUGCCCCAGCAGCAGCUCCCUCUCGACGAAGCGAGAGAAGCACACGAGGUGUUGGUGGCCAUGUAGCACAACUGAAAAAAACCGGAGAAACACUAGCAGCCCCAGCAAGGAAAGGACGCAAGGAGCCCAUUGUUCAAAUGAGCGACUCAGAUGCCGAAGAAAACCCCAUGGCUCUGUCACAGCUUCAGAGAACAAAGAAAAAUUGUUCUGUUACAGCCGACAACCAAGUCAGGUCAGGAUCUCAGCUCUCUCGCACUCCUCAUCCCGGCCUUCCCACCAAUCAGCCUUUGGGGAGAUUUGGAUUCAAGCUGCCCAUGUCUGAUAUUUGCAAGGCACUGUAUUCCAGUGGUACUACCUAUGGACGCCAAGCAGCAGAUGAAAAUGUCAUCGAAGAUCGGGAUUUUGAGGGUGACAGGGAUUCUGACUUGGAGCAUGAUAGGGAUUUAGGCUUGGAGUGCAACAAUCGGGAUGAUUCUGAGGGUUCUACUAGUGAAAAUGACAACCAGGGUCCAGAUGAUAAUCUCAUGGAACACGAAGACAACCAAAUGGACCGUGAUCAAUUCCCACGUCAGCAAGAGGACCAAGCGGAUCAUUUCGAUGAUGGGCUUGAGGGUGGAAUGCAAGCGGAUUUCGAUCAAGGUAUUGAUGACGAGCCCGACAAUGCAGCUCGACAGAAAUCACAGGAAGGUCUCCUCGUCGGUGCACAAGAUCUCCAUCAGCUCAUCGACAUGAACAUCAACCAUCUGUGCGCGCUUCUUCCUCUCGCGUACAGUCUCCUCGUUGUCCUCCAUCUCGGCCAAGCCAGUCCUCAAAUCGCAUACAGCCCCUCUCCCGGGCACACUCUUUGUCACGGGGACCCCGCGAAGCUCGGCUUUUAUCCACCUUCCUGGCAGGCACUUUUGCAGGCAGCAAAGGUAGAAAUGCAUCUCCAAGCUGUGUUGACACAUCCUGUUCCAGAGCAUGGAGACGCUCUACAACUCGCACAAGAAGUCCUGGACGCUGAACUCUGGAGGUACCACGAGAAGAAGAUCAAAAUGGAUAAAGGCUAUUUCCCAAAGUACAAAGCUCAAAUGUCCCGAGUGCUCUGCGAUGAUUUGUUUACAUUUCGCACAGAGCUGAAGAAAGUCAUCAUACCCAUUGCGAAAUCAGCAUAUGACAUUUUCCCAAAGGGCACAGUCACACGUAAGGAGGAUAUACAGAAGCACAUCAUCACAGCCGCCACUAAGCUCCUCAAGACCGGUGGUUACCUUCGUAUUCCUGACUCGUCUAACGGCAAAUGGAAAAACUUUGUGUCACAAGUUCUUAUGGAUGGCUGCCUUGCAUUUUAUUAUAGCAAUAGCAAGAAGGCACUCAAAAAUACAGACAAAUUUCACCGCACAAUCCCUCCAAACGCGCUUAUUCUCGUGGCUGCUGUGAUGAAGGUCGUCAUUUCUGGGUUUUCUGAAACUGGUACCGACAAAGUACCUGACCUCUCCGCUGAUAGAUGUAGGAACGACUUUAACUUGUUGCAGAAGUCUCUGGACAAACUGAUGGACAUUCCCGAACGUCGUGACGAGCUUGAAGAUAUGCUGGCGCAGUGGGCUGGUAUUGGGAUGGGUGAGCUUGUUCAUGGCGACUCGAGUGCAGGAGGCAGUGAUUUGGAGGAUGUCAACAUCAUUUUAUAA